UUGAGUCGCUGACUCCGUGCACUUUUUUUUCCUGUCAAUCUGUCCAAUCACAGUUUAGUGACAAAGCGUUAGCCUUUCGCCGAGUCUUCAUACAAAACCGUGUCAGUCACAUUUUUGCCACCGUGGAACUUUAGCGGAAGAACUUCAGCGACUUUGACCAAGUUUAUUUUUCCUCCGGGCAGAAGUUAGUGAGACACACGCGAUGUCCCCGGACUGUUGGACGUGAUUGGAGCGACACGGUACAGAGAAGUAACUUUACACUGUGUGUGAGUGCGAGUGUGUGUGUGUGUGAGUGUUGGACUAUGGGUGUCCGACCCUGCUGUACUUGUGAGUGACAACACUGACUCCUGCUGCCGCCGCUCUCCCUCUCCGUGUCUAGCAUGCCACGCAGGCAGCUAACCUCUCUAAUCCCGAGGAAACUUUGCCUUCAGAACAAAAGUGUCCUCCGCUCUUUUACGACCUGACACUUAAUUCAUUCCACAGUACACUUUCCCUAAUGCCUAAAACAAUGAUGAAGGUGAGGAGAUACUUGAGAGGGAGUGGGAGGGUUCUCGCCUUCGUGUUCGUCGCCUCUGUCAUCUGGCUGCUGUUUGACAUGGCUGCACUCCGUAUAUCAAUAAACGACUCCAACAGUCAGCUGCUGAAGGAGAGAGUUAUAAAAGAGAGGGAGGUUUAUAAACAUCAGGUCAGGGUGACACAGUUGAUGAAGAGGAGGUUUAUAAGCCCAGUGCAGAGGGUGGAUGUGGACCCAGACAUCGACUUAGACCCGGUGUACAGACUGGGGAAUCGUCUUGCCAAAGGUCGUGGCUCUGACUCCAAACAUCAAGAAGAAGCUGCUCUGCAAAAUGUUGCAUCGAAGCACCGUGGUCCUGCAGAGAAGAAAGCUGUAGACCUGGACCUGAAUGUAGACAAGUUAGAGAAAAGUAAAGUAGAUGUUCCUCAUAAAGAGACAUUUCCUGAAAAGGUGGGUGAUAAAACUCCACAGCCAAAUGUUCAGAAAGUGAACCGCGCUCCUCUACCAAACAAUGUGGACAAAGGGGAUUCGAUGACAAAUGAAAAAGUCAAGGACAAUCGUGACAAGACUGGAACAAACGAGAACCGGCUUCAGAACAAGGAGGGAGAGCCUCUAAAAGUAAUGUCCAAGUCUUCCAACAAGGAUGUCAAAGAAAAUGGGUUGACUAUGAAUCAAGAGCAGAAAAAGGAGAUGGCAAUUAUUAAGACUCACCUUAACAUAACAAAGGAGUUCACUAAACCUGUAAUGAAGCUCAAAGCAGGAGAGGCCUCCAAGAAUAACUCCACUGCUGUCAGAAAACCUGCAGGUGUCCACAGAGUGCUUUCUCUCGAUGUGACACUCGCUCCCAGAAAUGCCAAGGCUGUGGGUCAGUUUGGUCAGGCAGCAUUCGUUGCCAGUAAAGAAAACUCAGAGGUGAGGAGGAGAUGGGAUGAAGGGCAUUUUAAUGUCUACCUGAGUGACCAGAUCCCAGUGGACCGUGCCCUCCCAGACACCAGGCCUGAAACGUGCGCACGGAAUCUGGUUCACGACGACUUGCCCUCCACCAGUGUGAUUUUCUGCUUCGUAGACGAAGUGUGGUCCACGCUUCUCCGCUCUGUGCACAGUGUCCUCAACAGAUCUCCACCACACCUGCUCAAAGAGAUCAUUCUGGUGGAUGAUUUCAGCACCAGAGACUACCUAAAAGCGCCACUGGACGCGUACAUGUCCCAGUUUCCCAAAGUGCGGAUCGUACGUUUGAAGGAGCGAGAGGGUCUGAUCAGAGCCAGACUUGCUGGAGCUGCUGUUGCCAAAGGUGAGGUCCUUACCUUCCUAGACUCCCACGUUGAGUGUAACGUGGGCUGGUUGGAGCCACUUUUGGAGAGAGUCUAUCUAGAUCGCAAGACGGUGCCGUGUCCGGUUAUUGAAGUCAUCAACGAUAAGGACAUGAGUUAUAUGCUGGUUGACACCUUCCAAAGAGGCAUUUUCAAGUGGCCUUUGGUGUUUGGCUGGAGCACGGUUCCAGCAGACUACAUUAAGAAGCACAACUUGACCAUCGCAGAUCCCAUCAGGUGUCCAGUUAUGGCUGGAGGCCUUUUCUCCAUUGACAAAAACUACUUCUAUGAGCUUGGUUCUUAUGACCCAGGCCUGGAUGUAUGGGGCGGGGAGAACAUGGAGAUUUCAUUUAAGAUCUGGAUGUGUGGAGGGGAAAUUGAGAUCAUCCCCUGCUCUCGAGUGGGACACAUUUUCCGAGGGCAGAACCCGUACAAGUUCCCCAAAGACAGGCAGAAGACCGUGGAGCGCAACUUGGCGAGAGUGGCCGAGGUCUGGCUGGACGAGUACAAGGACCUCUUCUAUGGACACGGCUUCCAACACCUGCUGAAUAGGAAGGUCAUCGACAUCGGCAACCUCACCGACCAGAUCGAGCUGAGGAAGAAGCUGAAGUGCAAUAGUUUCAAGUGGUACCUGGACAACGUGUAUCCAGAUAUGAAAGCUCCUAUAGUCAAAGCCGAGGGCAUGGUCUUCAAUCGUGGCUUAAGAAAAUGCCUAACACUGCAGAACAGCUCUCUGUCCUUCGAGAUGUGUGAUCUCAGUAAGAAGAGUCAGCACUUUAAUUACACCUGGAUGAAGCUUAUUCGCCAGCAGGACCUGUGUGUUGCACCACAAGGCGAGAAUGGCUUUGCUUUACAGCCGUGCGAUAACACCGAGCCGGCACAGCGCUGGUUCCACAAAUCCACCACCACAGCUCUGGCGGAGCACAUCAUAACGGAGUUUCUGAAUCACUUGUGCCUGGAGGCGGGACCUAAGGGGGACACUGUUUACCUCAACACUUGUGAUUCUCGCAACAGCCUCCAGAAGUGGCAGUUCACACACUACAAUUUUUAGGCAUGAGGCUGACGCUGAUUUGUUUUUUUACGUGUCAAAUUUGCACUAUAGAGCGCUUCAGUGGCCUCACACUUUUGGAAUCAUCUGUGGUCCAACCUCAAAACACAGGACUGUACGGAGGAACUUUCAUAUUAUGUGGAGUGUGUGGGAGACGUGCAAUGUUUCUAAUUUCCUUUUUUGGAUUCAUUCAGCGGGGACUGAUCUUGAUUUAUAACACAGAGAAAAAGAAAAAAGAAAAGAAAAAAUUGUUCCCUGGUUAAGGACAUUUUUUAAGGUACUUUGCACUGGUAUUUUGGUAAAAGGGCCUAUUUUUUCUUUCUUAUUAUUGUUAUUUUAACUGGGCUACAGGUUUGAGGUUCAAGUGUUAUUCUGAAUCUUUUUUGAAACCAAAGACAUACACAGUGCCUCAGAGAUCGCAAAGUGUUUUUACUUAAACACUAGAGGUAAAUACGCAUGGAAAAUAGAAUUUAAUUUUUUGUAUAAAUGCGCCGCAUCUACUUAUUAGAUGUCAUAUACUUUAUAUUUGGUGAGGCACUUGGGUGAAAUGGAUGCUUCUGUUCUGUGGUUUUUAUUGCUGUGUUAUUUCCGUGUAGAUUUGGUUGUGAACUUUCUUUGUCACUAGGGGGAAGUGUUGGUUCAUUCUGCCAAAUGAACUUGUGCUGUGAUUUCAUGAUUUUGUGAUCUUUUAUCAGACGCUUUAACCAUAAACUGUCGGAAAUGCAUUUUCCCCCAGAAUGUAAAACAGAUGACGAUAAGAUUUGUUUAUUUUAUCAUGUUUUUUUUUAAUCCACUACACAUCAGGACAUGUGUGGACAAGUGUGCACUCCUAGUUAGGUUCACUCCAAAGGUUCAGGUGCAAUAAACUCUAACACCAAACAACACCUUCAUUACGGCUAGUAGGAUUAUAAUCUCAGAGCAUUCCAUUCAGUAAAUCUGCCGUUCAAACAAUUUCCCUAAUGUAACAACAUUUUUAGACUACAACAUCAUUUACCUUGUUAGCAUGAGAUGAUUUGUUUGGCAUUCCUCUACAGUUACAGACUAAACAACACAUUUCAUUAAGAAACCAUAUGUGUGAGGUUUGUGUGAACAGGAGAGUUAUUGCCCAAACUGCCUGAAAGAAAACAUGUUGUGGUUCAUGUCCACCCGAGAAACCGUCUUAUAAAUUCAUCAUCAUGUGCUCGAACUCCUCUAUCUUCUUGCGAGUGUUUCCUCUGCCGAUUUUGCGGUAGGACAGGGUGCUGUACUUGGAGGAGGAGGAGGAGAUGUGGUCGAAGGAUUCCUGGUGACUGCCGCCGCUGUCCCUGGAUUUCUUCAGCAGAGGCAGCGUAGCGUAGCCUGUGCUGGACGUGGCCUGAUGAAACCCCACAGGAAAAUGGAAGUUGUCCUCCCGCUCUGGCUCCUGCUCUAACGUAAUUUGUCCAUCGCCUGAUAUCUGGAGUUCAACACCUGACAUCUCUUUGGGGACUUGUUCCUUUCCGUCCACCCUUGCAUGACACCCCUCAUUAGUUACAUCAGUGGCUUCAAGGUUUGAUAUGUGAGCCUCUUGCACCAAUUGUUCCUUUUUUUGUUCCUUGUUUUGAGUUACUGUAAAGAGAAUAAAGAGCAAAAUCUAUUGU